GGCAGUCACGUGGCCAUAUUGUGUAACUGACACAGCCAUGACAGGGCUUUCCUCUCUUAUGCACAGCCCAAGGCUGAUCAGGAACAUCCAGGCGCAGCUUACAGGCACGAUGCCCUCUGCUUCCAAGCUGGGCUUUCUGCCCCUGGGUAGGUGCCGCUGGCUGCUGCACACAGGCAGGGGGGUAAGUGUGAGCCAAGGCAGGGCUGUGGCAGGGGCUGCAGUAGGAGCAGUAGGAGAGGAAAAGAAAAUGAAAACAUUUGAGGACUUGCCUGGCCCUUCGCUGCUCACCAAUAUAUACUGGGUGUUCCUGAGAGGGUACAUACUCUACACCCACGAGCUGCAGGCCAUUUAUAAGAAGAAUUAUGGACCUAUGUGGAAAUCUACUCUGGGACGCUACAAAACCGUAAAUAUUGCUGAUGUCGACAUCUUGGAAACGGUACUGAGGCAGGAGGGAAAGUACCCUAUGAGGAGUGACAUGGAGGUCUGGAAAGAACAUAGACGCCAAAGAGAUCUCUCCCUGGGCCCUUUCACAGAGGAAGGCCACAAAUGGCACACCCUCCGCUCAGUGCUUAACAAGAGGAUGCUGAAGCCAGCAGAGGCCAUGCUCUACACAGGGGUGGUUAAUGAGGUGGUGACGGACUUUUUGGUCAGACUAGAAGAGAUGCGAUCAGAAACUCCAUCUGGUGAUAUGGUGAAUGAUAUACCAAAUGCACUCUACAGAUUUGCCUUUGAAGGCAUUUCCUACAUCCUGUUUGAGACCCGGAUUGGCUGUUUGGAGAAGCAAAUACCAGUGGAGACUCAGAGGUUCAUAGAUUCUAUUGGAGCCAUGUUAAAGAACUCUAUCUUUGUGACUAUUUUCCCCCCAUGGACCAAUAAUUUGCUCCCCUACUAUAAACGUUAUAUGGACAGCUGGGACAAUAUAUUUGCAUUUGGGAAUAAGUUGAUUAAUGAGAAGAUGAAGAAGAUUGAGGCCCGACUGGAGAGGGACGAGGAGGUGCAGGGUGAAUACCUGACCUAUCUGAUCUCCAGUGGCAAACUGACCGAUAAAGAAAUUUAUGGCAGCGUGGCCGAGCUGCUGUUAGCUGGGGUCGAUACUACAUCCAACACGCUAUCCUGGGCACUGUACCACCUGGCUAGAGAACCAGAGAUUCAAAACGCCCUGUACCAAGAGGUGAUCGGAGUGGUUCCAGGGCAGAAUAUACCCACUUCUGAGGAUAUGUCCAGCAUGCCCCUGCUACGGGCUGUAAUUAAAGAGACACUACGAUUGUAUCCUGUUGUACCAACCAAUUCCCGAGUGGCUGUGGAGAAGGCCAUCACCAUUGGAGACUAUUACUUCCCGAAAGAUACACUCAUUGCUUUACAUCAUUACCAUAUAUCACGGGAUGAGAAAAACUUCCCAGAAUCAGAUAAAUUUAUCCCUCAGCGCUGGUUCCGAGAGAGUCGGGUAAAGAACAACCCCUUCAGUUCCAUUCCCUUUGGAUAUGGGGUUAGAGCCUGCGUUGGGCGCCGUAUUGCUGAGCUGGAAAUGCACAUGUGCCUGUCCCGGAUAAUAAAGAAGUACGAGGUGAGACCGGACCCUAGUGGAGCUGAAAUAAAAUCAAUGGCAAGGAUUGUGCUGACCCCUCACAAACCCAUAAACCUUCGGUUCCUGCCGAGGACCCCCUCACCGUCGGCGUGAUUAUAGUUGCCUUGUGUAGCUGUCUCUGCUUCAAGCCUCCCCUGGCAUAAGCACCUUUAUAGUUAAAAAAGUUUUGGCAAAAUACUUUGAGAUAAAAUCUCAACUUUACUUUUACCAGGGUUGGACUGGCCUGCCAGAGUACCAGAGGAUCCGCAGGCCCCAGCCAAGGACAAUUCUUCCUAAACCUUUUCUUAUUUCUGCCAUUGGUCUAAAUGAUGCCUAUUGCCUUUAGCACUGUCUCCAUCUAACUGCUGUGAGAGCAGGUUCUCUUGUGGGCCCUGGGAUGCCUAUAGAAACACCGUAGACUGGAUUCCAUGUCAGGGUACUACUAUCCCAUCUACGUGUUGCACGCUUGCACUCAGGUUAAAAUGCUGACCAUCGCAUAAUUACACAUAGGACUUAUAAAGUAACGGCUUAUAACGUAACGACUUAGGACGUAUAACCUGGUGAUUUAUUUUCAUGAGGUGCCCCAUUGUAGGUGUUUUGCCUUUGCUGGUACCACAUGAAACUCAAGUAAAUAAUGGCUGGCUACCACAUAGCUUCUAUGAGGCAUUCCUAGCACUUAGUUCUGUACAUAACCUGCUUUUGUCUAUUUGCACUGUCUACAGCACUUGUGUUCCUGAAGGAGUUACGGUCUUAUUAUAUUAAUAUUUCUUUGAUAACAGUGUCCCUGUAAGCCCCAGACUGAAUGACUUUCACUUCCAGAAAGAGAGAACAAAGACACAUGUUAAUUCUGUGUUACUACCUCAAUUGUUAGAAUAUUUCUGUAAAAAUCAAAUCAAAUACUGACCAUCUUAUACGUGAUUCUGUAAUAAAAAUAGUUUUAUGAAAUGA